AUGACGCAUGGAAAGGCUUUAGUGAAGGAAGGACGACACGUGUCUGAGAAUUGGAAUAAUGGUCGACGAAAUCUGCUGAAGAAAAUGGUGGUGUCCCUGGGAAGUGGACCAUGGGAUCAGCUAUUUGGUGGAGGAAACGCUCCAGCCUUUGGUGUGGCAGCUGUUGCAGCCCUUGUCAGUGGAUUCAUAGCUGUCUUAGCUAUUCCCCGAUCUGGCGGUCAAAAGUCUAGAAGCCAAAUCUUACAUAUAGAAUGGGACAACAAGCUUGGUACCUUGUCUUCAAUCCCGCGACUCGAUUCCUUGGCAAAACUUUCAGUCCAACAGCGAGCAGUGUUAACAAAUGUCUGA